AUGGUUCCUUUUCGUACAUAUUUCUGGCUUGAUGAUAAACGAUGGUUUGUAACUUGUGCUUAUGUUCCGAAAGCGUGUGCCAUCUGGCUUCAUACAGCAUCAAUUAGAGAUAGUGGGAUCGAAAGAUUGAUGAGAUGUGAGGUAUCAUGGAUAGACAAACAAUGCCGUCUGACUCAACGAUCAAUUGAUGAAAUGGUUGAUAAUACUGAUGACAUGACACUUACCACAAUCAAUCUCUACCACAAUCGAAUUGGAGACAGAGGAGUACAAUAUUUCGCUGAUGCUCUUCGAUACAAUACGAUACUCACAACAUUCGGUCUCUACCACAAUCAAAUCGGAGACAGAGGGGCACAACAUCUAAUUGAUGUUCUACGACAAAAUACAACACUCAACACGCUUAGUCUUCACCACAAUCAUAUCGGAGACAAAGGAGCACAAUAUUUUGCUGAUGUCUUACUGCACAAUAAGACACUUAGUAUACUCAAUCUCAAUGAUAAUCAAAUCGGAGAUAAAGGAAUACAACAUCUGGCUGACAGCUUAAGACAGAACACAACACUCACCUCACUGAAUCUCGAUAAGAAUCUUAUCGGACCACAAGGAGCAAAAUAUCUGGCUAAUUCUUUACAACAAAAUAAAACACUCAUCACACUCAGUCUCUGUCACAAUCAUAUUGGUGAUAGUGGAGUACAAUAUUUUACUGAUGCUCUACGACACAAUAAGACACUCGUUAUUAUUAAUCUCGAUAAAAAUCUCAUCGGAGACCAAGGAGCUAAACGUCUUGCUGAUGCUUUACGGCACAAUACGACAUUGAUUACACUAAGCCUCAAUGAGAAUCAAAUCGAAGACGAAGGGGCAAAACGUCUCGCUGAUGCUCUACGACACAAUACGACACUUACUAUACUAAAUCUCAAGGAUAAUCAAAUUGGACAUCAAGGAGCAAAACGUCUUGCUGAAGCUCUACGAGCUAAUACGACACUCAAAGAGAUUCAGCUCUGGAACAACACUAUCUUGUCAUCAAUGUUGGACCAACUGAAAAAACUUGACAAUCGUCUUAAAUUUUAA